AUGAGUUUUCUUAGUGGUCAUUGUUGUUCAAAACUAAAUUAUCUUAUUUGUUGCUCAAAAACCUUUUCAUCAGAAAAGAAAAAGAAAAAGUUCAACUUACGGCAAGAAGCUAUUGCCAAUCGUGUUUGUUUAAACAAUAAAAUCAUUAAUAAAAAUGAAUCAUCAUCAAUAACCUUGAAUAAUCAAAAUAAUAUUAAUAUAAGAUCAUUAAAUGACACACUUCAACAACAGAACAGUCGAGAAACAAACUUGAAAUAUAAUAAAGAUAUUCAAACGACGAAAAACGCUUCUUAUGAAUCGUUAAUAAAUAGUUCAGUUGAUAAUCGAUUAUUUGAUAACUAUUGUCCAACAAUAAAUAAUGAUAUUAUAAUUAAAGAAGUUAUUAUUAAUCGUAAUUAUCCAAAUGAACGAUUAGGUUUAACAUUAUGUUAUGGUAUAACAUCAACAUCAACAAUAAAUGUUUAUAUUGAACAAGUUGAGAAAAAUAGUCUCGCUGAUCGUCAAGGGCAAUUGCAAGUUGGUGAUCAAAUUAUUAAAAUAAAUAAUCAUCAAGUUACAAACAGAGAUCAAACUAUUCAUCUUGUUAAUGGAGCUUCUAAGAUUAUUUUACAAAUUAUUCGAUUUAAAUCUACGAAAAUAAAUUCGUCAAAUGUUGAAUCUCAAUUAAGACGAUCAGCAUUAAAAAAAUCUGAUAGUGGAGUUAUUCUUGCUUCAAAUACUGAUUUCGAAACAAAUAAUCAAUUUAUAUAUAAAAAAUGUUUAAAUCAAUACAAUUUGAUCAGAAAAAUUUCUACUAGUUUAACUUGUUUAGCAUAUGAAAAUUGUUCAAAUUGUCAUCAUAAUCUUUUAUAUUCCCAACAAAUAAAAUACCGUCGUUGUUUAUCUUUAAAUGAUUUAAAAAUUUGUCGAAUUAUUGAAGAAAAUCUUGAUUAUUCAAAAUCUAUUCGAAAAGAUUUAAUUAAUUGUCAAGAAGAAUUUAAAAUUAAAAAAAAUUAUGAAAAAUCUAUAAUAAAACCACUUUCAUUUAAUGAUCAUCAUGAUAAAGUUAUUGAAAGAUAUUUUAGUUAUUUAAAAGAAGAUAUUGAUCAUAGUCAUUAUGAUAAAUAUCGAUUGAAUAAAAAUAGACAAUAUGAAAAUAAUCGUAUUUGUAAAAAUAAUCGUCGUCGUUAUCGUAAACCAAAUUUAAAAGAAAAAAAUCCAUUAUUAAUAACAACAAAUGAUGAUACAAUUAGUCAAUUGAAACAAAAUCCAUAUUUAAUUAAAGAACAAAGAAAAAAACAAUUUCAAAGAUCGAAAAUUUCUAAAGAACGAUUUGGUCUUCAAGAAAAUUUAAUAAAUUCAAUAACAGAAGAUUUUAAUUUAUUAAAUCGAAUAUUUUUACAUGAAAAUGAACAAGAAUUAAAAGAAAAACCUUAUUUAGCAAUUAAAUAUCAACAAGAAUCAAUUAGUGAAAAAGAAAAAUUAGAAAAAAUUCUUCAACAAUAUGAAAUUGAUCAUCCUUUAAGAUUACAAUCAACUCAAAAUCGAACAAUUUAUUCAACUGAAAAUAAUCUAUCAACCGUUAUUAUUUAA